AUGCGCCCAGUUGACGUUCGGCCACUUUAUCUGCUCGCUCGCCCCAUCGUUGGCGGCCUGCUCAAAUGGACCUUCGUCUGCUCGCACCAGCCUCCCUCUCCCUCUAGCUCCACCUUGCUUACCGGUCUCUCCUCUUCGGCCUGGUCACUACCGCCCCUGACCCCCUCAGUGUCUCGCCCCCUCUGCUCCGGCUUCGGCUGCUCGCCUGGCCUCCUCUCCUCUUGUCUGGCAGUCGAGAGGCGGAGACUUCCACUUGCAGGCGAUUGGAGGCCGUCCUCGUCGUCUGACCGACCGUCUAUCCAUUCAGACGGGCUCUUCUCGGCCGGAGCCAAGCGGGCAGGCCGGAGACCGACAGAGACGUCGAGGCGGCCAGUCCUGGACUGA